AUGUCGCAGCACUCGCUGCUCUGUUGCUGCCACCUUUUCGGUUACUUUGGGGCACAGACGGUUGUGUGUGAGCUGUUCGCGCUGUGCAACAUCUACUACAAUGAGGCCACGGCAAGAUUUGCUCUGGCCCAGCAAACACUUAUCUACUGGAUGUUUGGCCUCAAUCUAGUCGCGUGGAUUUUGGUGGUUUGUAAUGCUGGCGCUGAUAGCCGAAUUGACGUCUACGCUAACUUUAUAUACGCAAUGCCCUGCAUUCUUUACAUGUGCACGCGCCAGUGGUUGAUGGUCACGCUCAAUGAGAUGGUUGGCGUGCAACGCCAGCUGGGUAGCUGGCUCUGUGUUAGGGUGGUGUGUGCUUAUAUCUGGUCUCUGCUCGUAUCCGUGCAGCUAGGGUGGAUCAUCUACUGGCAGCUACAGCUUUAUGAUUACCUAAAGCUGCUGUGUGUAGCAUUCUGGGUGGUCUGCUGUUAUCUGCAGCUGCUGCUGCACUUCAAUUGCUUCAUUUGGUUGCACUGCAUCUAUGUGGCCAUAAAUCGGAUGCUGGCUGCGCCCUUCAGCUGCCAUCGGCGAUUUAAGCUGCUGCACAGGGUGCUUCAAGUGGAGCCAACGUUGCAAAAAAUACAACGACACAUGACACACUAUUUCGGCGUUUAUCUGCUGUCGCUUUUUGCGCUGAUGUUGCGCAAGUUGCACUUGUCUUUUAAAAAGGAGGUGGAUCUGCGGGGCAGGGUUAUCUUACGUUUGCAGCUGAUACAGCUCAGAUAUGGGGCAAAUCUUUUAAGCCUGAUCAUCACAUUGCUGUUGGCUCGACGGCACUUUCGCAAGGAGCGUAUCAAAUUCGAGUCGAGACUGUGGCAGCUGGUGCAGCAGCCGCAACUUUUUUUGCCACAGCUGCGCCAGUGUCGCAAGGGUCGCAGAAGACGUAUCCACCAAUUUUGGAUGUGCUUUACACUGGCAAUCGACCUGAACAACUUCGUCACAAGCAGGCGUUGCCAGCUGCUUUAUUGCCAAGUAAGCGCCACAGCUCUGGGCCAACUACUUGGCUGGUUGCUGUUCGGCUUGUCCACAAUGCUGCCAAAGGGCGUGGUUGGACACUAA